AUGUUUACUCAAAAAAACAACCCUUACAAAAAGGUUUCUCUCGCGACAGAUAUCUUAACUACCAAGAAGGAAGUCGAAUCGGGAAUAGCUCAUAGCGAUAAUAAAAAAUUUGUCAAAAACCUGUCAGGAGUAAAUUUAAAAGAAUAUUCUAAAUUCGAAAAAAAUGACCAAGAUGAUAUUAGAGACGAUGUAAGGAAUAGUGAAUGGAAUCCUGUACAUUUUUGUGACAUAUCUAAAGCUAUAUUCGUAAGGUUUAUAUUCGGUUUACACUCAUUUCUCACCAUUUGGAGAGUCGUGGCGGUCAAAAGAAACCCUUUAUAUUGGUACAUGGCCUUUUUAUUGUGGCCUAUGAUCGUCGAAACGACCGUGGCUAUCAUUGUUAGGAAAGGCAAGGAAUACAAAUGGUUUUGUCCAAGCGUGUUUUUCUAUCUGAUCAGCGUUCUACCUUCAAUAUGGGUCCUGGAGAUGGAUAAAAUAGAUAAAUACAUACAUCAAAAUAACGGCACUCAAUAUAAAUACUUUUCAUCAUGCAAGACAUACGAUCAGAGCAGGGGCUAUAUAGAAAAGCCUACAACGGAUGAGCCAUUAGGACUCAAUUUACCUAUUCAACUCACCCGCGAGGCCUGGGUGACAACCCUGGAACACUCCUUAAUUAUUUUACUUAUCUUGGGAAGGUGGCUUUUACCAAAGGGUGAGCUAAGUCGGGAUCAAUUAUCGCAAAUUCUUUUGGUUUACUUAGGUACGGCGGCUGAUAUAAUGGAACUUUUCGAAACAUUCAAAGAAGAUGAAGUCAAAAGUAAUCGCCAUAUUUGUAUUAUUAUUUUGAGCAUAUGGACUUGGAGUUUCAUACAAUUUACCUUUGUCCUAACCACUUUGAAGUCUAAAAAGAAUAAAUUGGGAACCAUAUUUUUCUUGUCCAAAUUGGAGAAAACGAAACAUCAGAUCCUUAUUGAUUUGUUAGGAGUAUUUUCCAAUUUGAUGCUGCAGGAUAUACCUUUCCUGGCUCUUAGAUCUAUACUGAUAUUUAGAUAUGGCAUCUUGAGCGUGAUGAUAAUAUUUUUUACUAUGAAAAAUGCACUGGUGAUUAGCUUGGAGUUCUACAGAAUAUUGGUCCUUUAUUUGUCUCACAAGAAACGUUUGAGUAGUUUAAAAGAAAAGGUACUGAUACAUUCCUAUUUCAAAACCCAUCCAUGGUCACUUCCAAUAAUCGGGCAAAAUAUAAAUUCAAAAAAAGCCGAUCCGAAUAUAGAGUGUAUAGAAAAUGGUUAUAUGGGAUCAGGAAAAAAGAAAAGAAAUGAAAUAAAUUCCUCUAAAAUCAAAAAUGAAAAUACUCCCAUGAUAAAUAACGAAGUGGUGUGCAAUAAUUUUAAAGAAGCCCUUGAAGUGUUCAAAAAAACUCAACAAGAAGAAAUCAAUUCUAAUAUCAAAGAAUCUGUAUUUGAUGAUGAUAGCGAAGAUUUGCCAAUCAAGAAAAAAAUUAUCGAUAAGUUUAAGAUCGCUGACGAUUUGCGAGAAAUAAAACUGAUUCAAGAUCUCAAUAAAAGCAUCGAAGAAGAAGUUCAAAACCAGAAAGAGGAACUUAAGACUUUGAACAAUGGUGAUGGAUAA